AUUGCCCUUCCCUUUUCGACCCGGUAGCAUAUUCGACUUUGGCAUUGAGCUUGUCGCAACAACGAUUCCUACUUUCGCUCUUCUUCUGAUAACACCGCUUCGUCUCGAGCGUCUUACGCACAUUCAAAAGAAUCGUCCACCAUGCCUGCCUCCACCCGCCUCACCCCCAUCCGUCUCCAGACCAUCAACCACCUGCGCGUCCGGAGACCCAACAAGAACGAGCCCAACGGUUGUGUCAAUGUCAUGUCCGCGAUGCUGAGUUGCUGGGCUUCGGCCGGUGGUUCCGUUGAGGGUUGCGCAGCCUUGGAACAGCAAUUGAGACAGUGCAUGGAUGCUCCUAAACCCAAACGCCAGGGCCGCAGCACCAUCAACUACCACCUCAUGAGAAUGUUCCCCAACGUCCGUGGACCGCAGAAGAAGGAUGGUGUUUUGGGCUAAGCAGCUUUCCGCUCUUGUUUUUUGGGUUCUUUCAAUGUGUUUGGGAGCGAAGUUCAAGCUGAGCAUUAAAGGUCCUGCUGUGGUUGGGAAGGGGUCGGGGCGGCCCAGGUUCGGGUUGCUUAUGGCUACAUACGUUCUGUUGUGCUGGGAUGCAGGUGGACGGAUGUAGGUCAGGGCAGGAUCACCGAGCUCCGGUGCUGGUUCGGGUGCAUAGGACUGGUCGGGCUGAAUCAGGGCAUAUAGGCUUGCAGCUGGCGGCCGCGGCCGGCGAUUGAACAUACUGUAUUCUAUUGUGCUAACUGGAGUUCAUUUUUUUAUGGUUC